AUGGCUAGGAAAACAGCCUCCUCGGCGCUGGAAAACCUGGACCUAAGCGGAGAGGAGAUGCAGAGGCUCACCUCCGCUUUCCAGGACCCCGAGUUUCGGCGCAUGUUCUCCGAGUACGCCCAGGAGCUCACUAACCCCGAGAACCGACGGCGCUACGAGGCGGAGAUCACCGCGCUGGAGCGUGAGCGCGGGGUGGAGGUGCGCUUCGUGCACCCCGAGCCGGGCCACGUGUUGCGAACCAGCCUGGACGGGACGCGGCGCUGCUUCGUGAACGUGUGCAGCAACGCGCUGGUGGACCAGCCGAGCUGCCGGCCGGGCCGGGAGGACGGCGCGGGCUCGGCGCCCGGCUGUCACUGGUCACUGCCGCACAGCCUGGCGCCCGGCCGCCAGUACGCCGGGCGCGGCGGCACCGGCUACACCGUCUACGACGUGGUUUUCCAUCCGGAUGCGUUGGCGCUGGCCCGGCGCCACCGUCGCUUCCGCGAGAUGCUGGACGCCACGGCCCUGGAGGCGGUGGAGAAACAGUUCCACGUCCAGCUGGACCGCAGGAACGCCAGGACCCUGAAGACGAAAUACAAGGGGACCCCCGAAGCCGCCGUGCUGCGCCGGCCCUUGCCGGGGGCCGCGCCCGGCCGGCCCGACCCGGAGCAGGACAGCCCGCUCCCGCCCUUUCCCUACCCCUACAGCACCCCGGCGGCUGCGGAGCCCUCGGCCCCGCCCCGGGAGCCCGCCCCCCCGGAGGCGGCGCGGAGGCCCGCCCCCACCGAGCCGCGCUGCACCGUGGUGCAGCGCCACCACGUGGACCUCCAGGACUACCGCUGCGCCCGGGACUCGGCGCCCGGCCCCGUGCCGCACGAGCUGGUGGUCACCAUAGAGCUGCCGCUGCUGCGCUCGGCAGAACAGGCGGCGCUGGAGGUGACGGGGAAGCUGCUGUGCCUCGACUCCCGGGAACCCGACUACCGACUGCGGCUCUCGCUCCCGUACCCCGUGGACGACAGCCGCGGCAAGGCGCAGUUCAACAAAGCCCGGCGGCAGCUGGUGGUGACGCUCCCGGUGGCGCGCUCCGCCGCGCGCCGCGAUCUCCCUGCCGAUCGGUGCGGAACUGACGGCGGUGCGGCCUGCGCUUCCGCCCGCCCGGGGGAGGCGGGGCCCGUGGGGGACCGAGCCGAGGCCGCAGACGCGGGGAUCGGCACCCUACGCGCCCCAGAGGGGGCGCCUUCGCCCGCCGGCUCGGAACCGGAGGAGCAGGACUCGGGCCGGUACUCGGUGUCGCCCCCCGGCCUCGAAGAGCAACCGUCUUCCGGAGCCGGGAGCUCACCGGGGGACGGAGGCGGAGGCCCCCCUGGUUCUGCGUUUCCGGGUCCGGACUGGGAGUCUCCCGGCGAUCUCAGGGCAGAGACGCCCGUGGAACCGGAGGGGACGGGAGGCGAACCCUCGGACCCCGCAAUGGGUGGCCCAGGGACCCGGAGCAGCGCACUUGUGUGUCCGCCUGUGCAGUGUGAUCAGGAUGAAGAAUCCCUGACUCUGUUAAUCCACGUGCCUGGGAUUCAGCCGCAGAGUCUUCACGGGGAUCUGACUCCCCUCCGGUAUACCUUGUGCUUCUCCACGGAAGACUCCGUUUAUUCCUUCCUUUUACAGUUUGCUCCGGGCAAUAAGUUGGGUCCCAAAGAACCCGAGGUUAGCAUUUCUCCGGACAACGCAGUCCUGGUGUUGGUCAAGUCUCCAGACAGCCGUGGAUACUGGCGAGAGUGGUACUGGGGUUUAAACGACGAAUCUUUGGAGGAAAGGUUGUUUGUCAGUGAAGAAAAUGUUGAUGAGUUUCUUGAAGAGGUCUUGAGCUCUCCAUUGAAACAGGCAACUUCCCUAGCUCCACCUUUAAUUGAAGUUCUUCAUGUUACUGAUGAGAAAGUUGACAUUCAUGCAAAGAUGCUAGAAUGUAGUAAUCCUGAUCAGUUUCAAGAAAAGGAAAGAAGCCUCAGUGAAGGAUGCCAUCUAACUGAAAAAGACAACACAGAACAUCUUACCACGUUUACAACUGAUUCAUCUGUAGCAGUUAAAGAACUCAAAAUAGAUACUUGUGAUUUAGAAGCAGAAGCAGGUUUGGAACCACAAUCUAAUGAUUCUCAAAUAUUAUUGGAAAAAUCUGAGCAACCUGAGGCAGAAAUGAAACCCGAAUUUACAGAAGAAAAACGUGCUAUUUACUCAAAUGAGGAAAAAGACAAUUUAGAAGUGAUAACUAAAGAAAAAGAAUUCAGUGGAGAUCAGUUAUCUUCAUUGCUGAGCAAAACAGUAGUUCACAAGAUACCUGAUGUUGACAGCAUCAAAGAAACCAAUAUGCAGGAUGGCAGUGUGGAGAUUAUUAAAGAUCAUGUGACUCACUGUGCUUUCAGCUUUCAGAAUUCUUUGCUAUAUGACUUAGAUUAAUUCUAUUUAGGAAUAUAACUAUGGAGAGCAAACUGUAGUUUUAUCAUCUGUAUAUAUUGACUUGUGUGUUGGAAUUUCAUACUUUUGUUUACCAUUACUUUAAUAAAAGUUUCAAAUACUGUCA